AGACACAUUAAGUAGAGCAUGGCGAAUGAGAAGCCUCCGUGUGGUCAAUCGAUACAGCUCUGUGUCCGCUGUAAGAUUGGGCGAGGUCCACAGCACACUCCUACCAAGUCCUCAGUCGCAUCAAGAUCCUGACUGGAAACAGCAGCUGCUGCAGAUGGAGGCCUCUAAGGAUGCUGCUUCAGAGUUGGAGAGUGGUAUGGCCACUAUCAUUAAAGUUUUCCAUAAAUACUCCGGUCAAAACUGCACGCUGAGGAAGGCAGACCUGAAAGCUCUCAUCAACAACGAGAUGAGUCACUUCAUAAAGAAAAUUAAGGACAACGCCAUUCUGGACAAGCUGUUCUACGACCUGGACCAGAACGGGGACCUGGAGAUCGACUUCAAAGAGUUCAUCGCUCUCAUCGCCAUGGUUACCUCAGCAUGCCAUGAAGUCUUCAUUCCAAGCCCUAAACAAUAAAUCAGCAUGAUUACAUUAAAUACUCAAUAAACAACUGCGAAAAACUGGAA